UACAGUAGAAACUUACGGUUAUGGCAGUGCUGAUUACAACAGUGCAAUAUUAUGGUUACGUCGAUCGUUUUUCUCUCUAUUUUUUUUCAACACGAUCUAGAACAAAACCAGCAGCGAAGCACCUGGUAGUAAACGUUAACGAUAAUGUUCCUCCUGAUAAAUGGCAUUGCUCGAUGGAAUACGGAAGCCAGAACGAUGACCACAAACAAUCAUCUCAAUAUGCAUCAUCGUUAACCGCUAGAAAGCAUUAUGUGCCUCAUUUACUAGAAGACGUCCAGCGCAAGACCAAGAGAAGACCUCAGACCGGUACUUCUCAUCCUGGUAAGUCGAUUGAUCGAGCCGAUGAUAAAUUCCUGGUCACUUACGUCGGCGAGUGACGUGACGCAGAGUGGACAGGCAGAUGAGUAGUCCAGACA